AUGGCUAUCGAAAAUGAAGAGCACUUUGAAAGCAUCAGCAGCGAAUCGUACGGUCAAUCUAUUCCUCCAUCCCGUACGGCCAUUUUACAUUUAACAAAGCAAAUCAUGCCCAAGCAACCGAUCCCUGGAGUGACAGAUACCAUGUUUUUAUCCGAACAAGAAGUAUAUGAAAUUGUCCAGCAAUAUAUGCAAAACGACACUUUGAAACAGCUUGAGUAUCGUGGUUUUACUUGGGGCAAUAUCAACCACACCCAUCAAUUUCGUGUCAUGCUCAAAGCAAUACAUUCAAACAUUUAUACGAUUGGAUAUGCAAGAAAAAGCCCAACGCCGGAAACGUUGUCCGCAAAGAGAAAAACAGUCAACCUUCAGAUUUACAAGCUCAAGACAAGGCUCUUGUGCGAAGAUGUGUUUGCAUCGAUUGAUGUGUCGGCUUUCGAUCCGAUAGCUUCGCGUGAUUAUGAACGUCCAGAGCUGAAUCUCGAUUAUUAUAGUGGGGACACGCAAACCAUAAGACAAAAAAUAACGAAGUCAGAACGCAAGGUCAGACUCGUGACGACCGAUUACCGUGGCCUGACGACUAACAUUGGUGAUCUGCACCAUUUUUUCUGA